AUGUAUCACAGCAGCACGGAGGAGGUAACGAUGAGCGGUGACGCCUCUGAAUGUGGACCAAAACGGAGCUCGUCCUUAGCGGACAGUCACAGCAGGAGGCUGAACGAAGCCGACACUUCUUCUUGUCCCAUGUCACUUUCCUCUGUUUGGUCGAGGCAAAGCUCAGAUGGAAGCAGCUCCAAAUCAAGUCAUGGCCCAUCAUUACCAGUAAUGACCUCAGGUCAGUGUCCCGCCAGCUCCAGGAUUGUGAGGACGCCGUCAUCAGUCCUCAUGUCCACCUCAGACAGCUCCUCUCUUCACUGCCACAGAGAAACACCAAGAUUCAGAAGGACUCCGGGGUCUACGGGGCCCACAGGAACAAGCAGCUCAUCUGGGUCCUUACUCUCUGGAGCCUCGGUGAUCGUGGCAGUAGUUGAAGGCCGUGGUUUGGCCAGGGGAGAGAUAGGCAUGGUCAGUUUCAACUUGAAAUGUCCAGAGCUUGUACUUUCUCAGUUUGCAGACACAGGAACAUAUGCCAAGGUUGUAACCAAGAUUCACAUCUUGAUGCCAGUGGAAAUAUUGAUGCCAGACACAGCCAGUGAAAAAGGGAAAGGAACUAAGCUGUACAAGCUGAUCACUGAGAACUUUCCUGGUGUAACUUUUACUGCAGUCCAACGAAAGUAUUUUAAUGAGAGGAAGGGACUGGAGUAUAUACAGCAGCUAUGUGCUCCAGAGUUUAACACUGUCCUUAUGGAAGUACAAGCAAAGUACUAUUGCCUAGCAUCAGCAGCUGCUUUGCUAAAAUACCUAGAAUUUCUUCAGAACUCUGUGUAUGCUUCUAAGUCACUUAAAGUAAGCUUUAAGGGGAGUGAGGAGACGGCUAUGAUUGACUCAGCAUCUGCCGCCAACUUGGAGUUAGUGAUUAAUAACAGAGAUCACAGGAGUGAGCAUACUCUUUUAGGGGUACUCAAUCACACAAAAACUCCUGGGGGAGCCAGGAGACUGCGCUCUAAUAUUCUGGAGCCUCUGAUCGAUGUGGACACCAUCAACAUACGCUUGGAUGCCAUACAAGAGCUGCUCCAGAACGAGGAUCUCUUCUUUGGGCUGAAGAAUGCUAUAGGUCAUUUCCUUGACAUUGACCGGCUGCUUUCUGUUCUUGUUCAAAUCCCAAAGCAACAAACAGUUAAAGCUGCUGAAGCUAAGAUUACACAUGUCAUUCAGCUGAAGCAUACACUGGAUCUGGUGCCACAAUUAAGGGCAGUGUUGAAGGACUGUAGCACAGCUCUACUGAAGGCGUACAGCACAGCACUGGAAGACAACAGAUUUGACAUGAUCCUCCAGCAGAUCAAGACAGUGAUAAACUGUGACACCACAUAUUUGAAAGGCAGCCUGAACAUGCGCACACAGAAGUGUUACGCCGUGCGGCCUAACAUCAACGAGUUCCUCGACAUCGCCCGCAGAGCUUACACUGAGAUAGUUGACGACAUUGCAGGGCUUGUGAACCAGAUGGGGGAGAAAUAUGGCUUGCCAAUGCGCACCAGCUUUAGUACAGCUCGAGGAUUCUUCAUCCAGAUGAAGCUUGAAGGCGUCGUUUUACCUGAGGACAAACUCCCCCCAGAGUUCAUCAAGGUUACCAAGCACAAGAACAACUAUGGCUUCACCACGGCAGACUUGAUGAAGAUGAAUGGACGCUGUGAUGAAGCCCUGAGGGAGAUUUUUCACAUGUCCUACGUGGUGAUAUGUCAACUGCUUGGCACCAUCCAUGAGCACAUCCACUGCCUCUAUAAACUCUCUGAUGCUGUGUCCAUGUUGGACAUGUUACUGUCGCUGGCUAAUGCGUGCACAAUCUCAGACUAUGUUCGUCCUGAGUUUACAGACACUCUAGCCAUCAAGCAAGGUCGUCACCCCAUUUUGGAGCGCAUGGCUCGACAGCAGCCCGUGUCAAACAAUGCCUACAUUUCUGAGGGCAGCAACUUUGUCAUCAUAACAGGGCCCAACAUGAGUGGCAAAUCCACCUACCUCAAACAGGUGGCGCUGUGUCAGAUCAUGGCUCAGAUCGGUUCUUUUGUCCCCGCUGAAUACGCCUCCUUCCGUGUUGCUGAUCAGAUCUUCACCAGAAUUGGUGUGGAUGAUGAUUUCGAAACUAACUCCUCUACUUUUAUGCUGGAAAUGAAAGAGGUCUCUUAUAUAAUCCACAAUGCGAGUGACAGGUCCUUGAUCAUCAUUGAUGAGUUGGGGCGUGGCACGAGUGCUGAGGAGGGCAUCGGCAUCUGUCACUCAGUCUGUGAGUUCCUCCUUCGCCUUAAGGCGUUCACUCUGUUUGCCACGCACUUCCUGGAGCUGUGUCAGCUGGAGUCUCUCUACCCUAACGUGGAGAACCAGCACAUGGAGGUUCAGCACACGCGCCGUGCUGACACCGGUGCAGAGCAAGUGGUGUAUACGCAUCUGCUGAGCCGAGGAUGCUCUGAAAGGCACUAUGGUUUGAAAGCAGCAGAAAUGACCGCACUUCCUCCAGGUGUAAUCCAAGAGGCAAAGGUUAUCGCGUCUCAAGUCAGCCAGCAGCUUUUGGCCAAACGUCAAACUGAUCCAGAAACUCAGAGACAGAGAGCGGUGUACCGCCUGGCCACUCGCCUCCUGCAGACUGCCAGAAACUCAAGACUUGACCCUGAAAGCCUGCGGAUGUAUCUGAAGGGACUGAAGAGGCAGUAUGAGGCUGAGCUGCAAGCUGCAGGGACGCCAGAGAGCUUAAACACAGAGGAGGAGUGA